AUGAGAGAGUACAAGCUCGUUGUCCUUGGCAGUGGUGGCGUAGGCAAAAGUGCACUAACCGUACAAUUUGUACAAGGAAUUUUCGUUGAAAAAUAUGAUCCAACAAUUGAGGAUAGUUAUCGUAAGAAGGUAGAAAUUGACAAUCAACAAUGCAUCCUUGAAGUUUUGGAUACUGCUGGGACUGAACAGUUCACUGCAAUGCGGGAUCUCUAUAUGAAAAAUGGUCAAGGAUUUGUUUUGACCUACUCUAUUACAUCUCUUCCCUCUCUUUACGACCUAGAAGACCUUCGCGAGCACAUCAUCCGUGUAAAGGAUACUGACAACGUUCCGAUCGUCCUAGUUGGAAAUAAAUGUGAUUUAGAAGACGAAAGGGCAGUUGGAAAGGAUGAGGGUCAAAAUUUUGCUCAAAAAUGGAAAUGCACAUUCAUGGAGUGCAGUGCCAAAUCGAAUAUCCAUGUUUCUGAUGUUUUUGAAGAUUUGGUUCGCCAAAUAAACAAGCAUACCCCACCACCGAAAUUUAAAUCAAAAGAUAAUUCCUCCAAGAGAUCUUGUUCUCUCGUCUGA